GCAGGCCGGUUUUUGUGAUAUUCAAUUGUGCUUUAGAUGAGACGUCUAGGGUUUAGUUGCGGGUUUCCUCUCCUUUCACAACGCAUCACCCACCAAGUCGCGAGACGAGAUCUUCCACUUCCUACCCGGUGCCGCCGCCGCCCCCACCUGGGGAUUUUUCGAUCAGGCAUUACUCUAUCAGAAGGCAUGGCGACUAGAAAUAUUGAUACCAGUAAUGCAGCAAGGAAGAAGGAAGUGAAGAAAGAAACUCGUCUAGGUUUGACCUAUAAGAAAGAUAAGGAUUUUGGAGAAUGGUAUUCUGAGGUUUGUGUUGCUGGCGAAAUGAUUGAAUACUAUGACAUUUCUGGCUGCUAUAUCUUAAGGCCAUGGACGAUGGCAAUCUGGGAAAUGUUACAAGCAUUUUUUGAUCCAGAAAUAAAGAAGAUGAAUAUCAAGAAUGCGUAUUUCCCUCUUUUUGUAACUGAGAAUGUUCUACAAAAGGAGAAAGAUCAUAUAGAAGGUUUUGCUCCUGAGGUUGCUUGGGUUACUAAAUCUGGACAGUCUGAAAUGGAAAUUCCUGUUGCAAUCCGUCCUACAAGCGAGACUGUUAUGUAUCCAUAUUACUCUAAAUGGAUAAGGGGGCAUCGUGACUUACCAUUGAAGCUUAACCAGUGGUGCAAUGUCGUGAGAUGGGAAUUCAGCCAUCCUACUCCUUUUAUCAGGAGUCGAGAGUUUCUUUGGCAAGAAGGGCAUACAGCUUUUGCGACAAAAGAUGAAGCUGAUCAAGAGGUUCUUGAAAUUUUGGAAUUAUAUCGAAGGAUAUAUGAAGAAUUGCUUGCAAUUCCAGUUAUCAAGGGAAAGAAAAGUGAGCUAGAAAAAUUUGCUGGCGGUUUAUAUACUACAAGUGUUGAGGCUUUUGUUCCAAAUACAGGUCGUGGGAUACAAGGUGCCACCUCACAUUGUCUUGGUCAAAAUUUUGCAAAGAUGUUCCAGAUAAAUUUUGAGAAUGAGAAAGGUGAAAAGGCUAUGGUCUGGCAGAAUUCUUGGGCAUACAGCACCCGCACGAUAGGGGUGAUGGUGAUGGUUCAUGGAGAUGACAAAGGCUUGGUUCUGCCACCUAAAGUAGCAGCGGUCCAAGUUAUUGUGAUUCCUGUACCAUAUAAGGAUGCUGAUACACAGGCCAUCUUUGAUGCCUGCACAUCGACAGUUGAUACACUAUGUAAAGCAGGUUUCAGAGCUGAGGUGGACUUAAGAGAUAAUUAUUCACCUGGUUGGAAGUACUCUCACUGGGAAAUGAAAGGUGUUCCAUUGAGACUCGAAAUUGGGCCAAAGGAUUUAGCAAAUAAUCAGGUACGGGUUGUUCGCCGUGACAAUGGUGCAAAGAUGGACAUACCAAUGCACAGUUUGGUAGAAAAAGUAAAAGAGAUACUAUCCUAUAUUCAAGAGAGCCUUUUUAAUGCAGCAAAACAAAAGAGAGAUGCUUGCAUCAAGGUCAUCAAUACAUGGGAUGAAUUCAUAGCAGCUCUUAACGACAAAAAGUUGAUUCUGGCUCCCUGGUGUGAUGAAGAGGAUGUCGAAAAAGAUGUGAAGGCUCGAACGAAGGGAGAACAUGGAGCUGCUAAGACAUUGUGCACGCCAUUUGAUCAGCCUAGACUUCCUGAAGGUACUCUCUGCUUUGCCUCGGGAAAGCCUGCAAAGAAGUGGACUUACUGGGGCCGAAGCUACUAACCAGUUGGCCGAUCUGAAGAUUGUGGUUUUCAUAGUCAUUCACCAAAUUCAUUCAGAAUAGAUGGUGCCUAUCUCAUGGGCACGGAUUUGUACUUUUCACCCAGUAACACAUUAUCUUUUUUGAGCUUUGCUCAACUGAUUUUGUUAAAUUGAGGUGUUGCAUUACUGGACUUUGGCUGAUUUUGCAGAGCUUUUAAAUUAUGAGAGAUUGGUAUAUUACAUUGUGCAACCUAUUAUUGUCUAUCGUGCAAGCUAUAUAUUAGAAGAUUGAAUAGACGGUAACAAUUAUAAAGUUCACCCUCACUUGAGUUGAAAGAAAUAUCAACUUUAUUA